AUGUCUUUAUUACUGCCUUCUGCAUGUGCAUGCUAUCCCUUACACCUACCAUCGCCUUAUUCACACCCCAGAAGUAACUCAAGCUCAUCGUUGAACAGUGCGGAUGUGCGAAGUCCGACUAAAGUCAGUAAGAAAGAUAAAGAGGAUGAUGUAUACCUCGAUGAGGCACUGCGAAAGCGUCUCACACUUGAUGUGCGAACGGGGUCCACCACUCUACUGACAAGGUCUAAUAUUUAUGUCAAUGGUGGCCUUACAAUUCCAUUGAACCUUACAGAGGUGAACUCUACACAACUGCAAAAGGAAUUGAUGCUAUAUUUUGCUAAGGAGAAGAAUAAAUCGAUAUCUUUCAAGAACUUAAAUGAAUGGAUCAGUUCAGAGACGUUCUUCUUGGACCUGAUAUCGAGAUCAUGGAGAAGGCUUGAAACUACAAUCGAUGAAUCGAGCACUACAGAUGACACGAAUAUAAAGACCAAUGGUAGACUGUUCCAUGCUAUGUGUUUCAAUGAAGGCUUCCUUUACAUUUUUGGUGGACUAAUGAUCUCUCCACAUAACGAAUACGAGUUUGUGGCUACUAAUGAUCUAUGGCAACUUGAUCUAAGAGGCAAUAAGUGGUCACUACUGAGUAAAGAUCCAGGGGUAGGUAGAAGAUAUAAUCAUGAAAUGCAUGUUCUCAACUCAGAAGACCCCACAAAAGAUACUAAGCUAGUUAUAGUAGGCGGUAUAGAUAAUAUGGACGAACCAGUUGCCAAAAUUGAUAUAUUUAAUUUGACAACGCUACAAUGGGAAUCUAAUGCAGUUGAGAAAACUACAAGGAAGAACAGCGGAGAUAUGACAGCAUUAAAUACCAAUAUUGAUGGUCUAAAAACACAUAUAAACAUGGAUAACAAUUUCUCAGUAAUGCUGGACAAUUCUGGGAAAGAUAGCAAUGCUAUCCCAACGUUAGGAUUCUAUCUACCGAUACACAAGAGAUCAUCCAAAAGUUAUGGGAAACCUACAACGAAAAAAAGUGAUAGUAAAAAGUCUAGCAAAACUCACGCCUCAGAGAAUUCUUCUAAUAAAGAUAAUGGCCUGACCGUAGACACUUCAGAUCCUAAAGAUGAUGAUUUAUCUCCUGUUGCAAUGCUACCACUUUUACCCAAUACAAAAGGAACAAGAUUAACAUCAAGAAAGUUACUUAAGUUAGAAGAUUUUCCCAAGAAAAGCACUGAUGACAGAUCCGUUCCGUAUAAUCUAAUGGGACCUUCAGGUGACUCUGUAUCCUACAGUAUCAUCGCAAGUGGGUUCCAUAAUAAUUUUUCAGCUGCUAACUUUCAUUGUUAUUUUUAUAACGUCUGCUCUGACACAUGGACAAAACUUUGUACAAAUUGUCAAGACUCAUCAAUACAUCGCCAUAGGUUUUGGAAAACAUUGGUCUGGAAAUCGCAUCAUCAAGCAAUACUUUUAGGAACAGCAAAUGAUGAUGGACAACUUCCUAGUGUUCAAAAAUUUGAUUACUUAUUGUCAAUUUCAUUACCCAUGCUAAAUGGUUUUAACAGAAUAUUACAUGAAAUAACUCCUGAUACCAACAUUCAUAAAAAAGUUUCCCUAAAGACCCCCAUCACCCCUUUGACUACAGUAGACAAGAUUACACAAUCACAACCUAUAAUUCCAAUAUCCUCUCCCCAUAAUACUUCAAUACCUGAUCCAUUAGACCCUCGGAGAAAUUUAUCUUUAAUAUCCAAUCCAACUUCUCAGUUUGAAAAUUAUAUUAGAUAUAUUACUGAUCCAUUGGAAAUGGAAUCAACAAGCUCAGUCUUCCCACCAUAUGCUAUGGUUUUAGGUAAAGAUACUCUUGAAGUGUUUGGUAAAACACUUGCUGAUUUUGAAUUUAUCACAAAUGAUGGAGAAUCAAUUGGGGUGCCGAUGUUUUUACUAAGGAAACGAUGGGGUAGAUAUUUUGAUAGACUCUUGGCCCAAGGCUAUUCCAAAGUAUGUGAAGAUUAUAGGAGCAACGGAGUUGAAUCUACACUAAUUAAAUAUGGUUCAGAAAAUAAUCCUAUUCUAUCGGCUUCCAAAACUUUACCUAACAAAUACCCAAGCAAUCACCCUAAAAUAGUACAGGAGAAACACAAAAUAAAAAUUGAGAAAAGAAGCUUCAAAAAGGAAAAAGAUAAUGAAAAGAUAACUAGUUCAUCCAAUGGAAUGGUAUUCAGAGUUCCAUUUAAAGGAUGUGAUGAAGAUAAUUGUGAAACAAAUAACGGAAAUCAUUUAAUAGCGGGUACUCUUUCACCCUCCUCUGAAGAGAAAAAUAAAAUAAUGAUUAAGCAAAAAUCCACUAGAACUUCUUCACUUGUCGUUCCACCACCAUUACAACAUCGUCGGAAUUCAGUAGAAGAAAGAACACAGUUAAGGCGUUUAUCACAUCCAGCUAAGCUUCCUAAUGGUGAGAUAAUUGAUGAAUAUCAUUUUAGUUCUAAACAUAACCUAAACACGAGAAAACAUCACCAUGGUAGAUACAUAAUGAGCAACAGUAGUUCAAGAAAAGCCUCCAUUGUCUCACAAAAUAGUCUCUUGUCAUUCGUGAGCUCAUCAUCUGAUAGAAGGACGAGAGGCAACUCAAGAAAGAGUAGUGUGGCGAAUAUGAGCGGUGCUAGUUCCCCUAAAUUAAUGCCUCUUCAAGUAAAUCUUCCUCCUCAACCUAGACAGCCAUCUGAAUCUGUUCCCCUCCCCCCACUUCCGACCAAUCUAUCGCUGACUCAAGCUUUAAGUAAUAUUCCUCACCAUAGAAGAAAUAGUCAUAACUAUGACUACAUAUAUGGCGACCGAAGCAGUGCUUCAGCGUCUGGAAGAAGUUCAAUUGUGCAAACUCAUAGGUAUUCUAUAUCUUCUGAUCCUAAAUUUAGUAUGUCGGAAAAAAGUUAUAGUGGUAGUGAUGACGGUAAUGCUACACAAAGACACUCAACUGAUAAAGAGAGGCAAAAUGACCAUAAUCAGGAAUAUUUCAAAAGGGCUUAUUCAUGGUCUUCGGAUGCUGGGAGCGAAAGGAGUAAUAGCGAUGCUUCCAAUAAAGAUGACCCUCACGCCAUCAAUUCGGUAGAAAUUGAACCUCUACUAAUACCAAGGUCUCUAUAUAUGCCUUGGCCGGCUGUCUCAGUGAAGGCAUUUACUGAGUUUUUUUUUACUGGCCAAAUAAAUGGUAAAUGGCCACUAUCUCCAGUAACUUUAGAUUUGUGGAUGAUGUCAAAGGUUUACGAAAUAAGGCUUCUUUAUGAUUUAAUCACCGAGGCCCUUUAUUCCAUCAUAGGUAAAAAGGAAGGAAGUAUUCUUGUUAAUUGUAACUCGUUAAUUGAUCUCUUCAUCUCAAAAGUUAAUGCCUGCUAUGAGGACAAUGAGAAAUGCAAAAUAGUAUUGGAGAAUAACGAAGCUUUUCGUAAAUUAGUUGAUUUACGUAAUGCAGUUAAGGAUAUUGAAAGCGGUUUUCUUGAUACUACGUUGAUGGAAAAAUCAACACGUAUUGAUUCCAUUAGCACUGGUGGUAGCUAUUUCACCGAAGGACCAGAUGGGAUGACCAAUAGAAAGCUAAGUUUGUCAUCUAAUAACUUGAACAAACAUUUCAGAGCCCUACAUAAUAAUUCACAACAGUCUUUUGGAUCCAGAUCACACUGGAAAAAUAGUAUUGAUGUCAGGUCUAUUUCUCUAGCAAUACCAGAAGAUAAUGGCGAAAGGCAAGGUAAUAAAUCUGGAAGGCCACAUUCUAAGAGUUUGGAAAAUUUGAAUGAGAUUGAUUCUUCAAGUGAAGCCAAUUCAAAUCCAAAUGUAGAUGCCAAACAAACGGACAAAAACAGUUCUGUAGAAUUAGAGGAGCAAAUCGAGCAAGUGAGGCUACAGACCUUAUCUGAUAUAGCCCUUGGAAGUGGCACAACAUCACCUUUAACCGAUAAUGCUGGAAUAUCUAAUUCCAUGCUACCAAAUGAUGCUCUCGCAAUGGAUACCGAAAGCCUUUUAUCGACCAUCUCUGAUUCUGAUGAGUAUGAUAUGUUACAUGAUGAAAUGCCUUUGAAUAUGAUGACGGAGAAGGUGCGUGAGGAGAAAGAAGAAUUUGAAGGCUCGAUCGACCCAUUAUACAAGUUACCAAGUACAAAGGCUGGUUCUACAGUGGAUACCGGUACGAGGUCUAGUGAAAACAAAAACUCCGCAGGAGAAAAUGAAAUACCGCCAUUUUCUACCCUAGAAAAUAUGAUGUCUCCAAAUGCAUUACCUCCUGUUGACCAUGUCUUGAAGAGUAUUUGCAGAACGGCUGUAUUGGUUAAUGAUGGUGGUAUCAUGCUCAGAGCCUCCGAAUGCAUUGAGUUUUCUAAGAAAUUGAAGAAAUUGAAAACCAUUAUUACAAAUGAUCUCAUGACAUUGGAAAACAAUACCAUGGCUGCACCAAUUCCAAUGGGCAGAGGAGCACUAGAAGAUAUUAUAUUUGGUUCAUUCCAAAAGUUUGACUCGGAACCCAAUAUUCAGCGGGCAACAGCUGUUAGACCUCCUUUAGGGCCUAAGACAACCUCGCACAAUGUAGAAGUCUUGAGAAAACCGUCGAAUGCCAACUCGAUUUACACGACACAAUCUACAAUAUCUCCAAGAACAUCGGCUGUCCAUUCUGAUAUAUUUAUACCUACCACGGGGUCGAUGUACAAUUCAAACAGCGCCAACACUCCAAGCUCCAUUUUAACGAACUCCGCCAGCAAAAGUAACACCAACCAACGGAGAAAUAGACAGAAUUCCCGAUUCAACAGUCAGGCAUCCGGUAGUAUGGCGGUGUUAAUGAAUCCGGCUGUUAUGCCACCACCUCCGCCAUCCUCUCCGUCGGCAGCUAAGUCUAAGAAGGAAGGGCCCCCAUCUACUGGUCCUUUGUCCUUUUUGGGCAUCAAGAAAUGA